AUGGAACUAGAAACCACCACCACAACCAUCAUGGCUGCUCUGGCCGCCCUCACACCUCCCCAACUCUCCGAUCUCACCCACACCCUCCUCUCCCUCUCCCACCACCACCGCCGCCGCAUCUCCUCUCUACUUUCCUCUCACAUCCUAUUUUCACUCACUCUCCGCCACCUCAACUCCCUCUCCCUCCACCACAAGACCAUCCUCAUCGCCCGCCACGUUAUCUCCUCCCUCCAUCACCUCGCCCUCCAUUUCCAGCCAGCCGCCAACGCCCCACCGCCACGAGUCAAGCUGAGAGACCUCGACGCCGUGCUACUCCUACUCUUGCUCUGCGAGGUCCACCAGCACGACCCGGACGCCCUCCAAGCCCCAACCGCGAAAUGGCGGGAAGUAGUCGGCAAGUUCUACUGCGACACCAUGUUAACUGUUUCCGGCAUCGGGGACCAUAAUGCGUCGGUCUUGGUUACUUACGUUGAAAUGCUGACGAGGUGUUUGAGGUUCGUUAGUGCGAUGGGGAGCUGUAGUUUUGGCGGGAAGGCUGGGAGGGAAGUGGCGGCGUCAAAAGCGGUGGUGGUGGCACUGCCGUCCGUGGAGGUGAGAAGUGGUGGCGCUGGCCCCAAGGAAUGCGUGAUAUGCAAGGAAGAGAUGGCGGAGAACAGAGAUGUAUGCGAGCUGCCGUGCCGGCAUUUGUUUCAUUGGGUGUGUAUAUUGCGGUGGCUGAGCAAGAGGAACACGUGUCCCUGCUGCCGGUUUAGGCUUCCGACCGAUGAUGAGUACGGGGAGAUCCAGCGGCUCUGGGAGGUUUUGGUUAGUGUCAGUUCUGACUUCUGAGAAGGGUUUAGUUUCGGCUUAGUGUAGUAAUAUUUAGAGGCGAUCGUGGCCAUAAAACUUGUAGUAUCUCUCACAUUAUGUACGAGUACAUAUGCAAUUUAGUGUUGUUUAACAUUAAGCACGGGAAAUUGUAGAAUUGGCCGGUUGGAAUAUAUUCCGA